UUUCCCUAUCACUCAAACUUGCAAUUAUAUUAUUAUAAACGAAAUUACAAGUUAUAAUGAAAGUUAUCGUAAAAAUUAAAUAGCCAUAAGUGAAAGAUAUACACUAAAAUUCAAUGACAAAUGUACCAAAGUAUUUUAUAAUAAACGUUUUUAUACGAUGAUUGAAGAGGUUAUGAUUCAAUAUUUCACUGCUCUAUCUUUCUGAAUUUCUGGCUGAAAUACUAUAUAAAUCAAUAUAAUAAUUGCUGGACAGAUUUAGAUUACAUUUAAUUUUUGGACAAUGGAUGGAGUAGGAUUGUAUCAUACAUUCCUUCAAACACAUCAACCUCAAUUAGAAUCAUCCGGUGUACCUAGAAUAUUCUGGGAAGUUUUAUUUAAGAAACUUCAGAACCAAACUUUUGAUUCUGGUAUGGUUUUUCAGCUGAUAAGAAUUGAUUAUGAUGAUGCUGUCAGAGGUCCAAAAGAUCCUGUCUGGAAACUGUUUGUUUCUUGUGAGAAGGGUAUAUCAACCCAAGACCCAAAUAAUAUUUAUUUGAUAGAUCAUGCAUGGACUUAUGAUAUUACUAAUGCCAGGCAAAAUUUAUCAAACAUACCAGGUUUGUUAGACCGUAUGUGUACCCUAAUGGGCUUUGACGUUGGAGAAGAGGAGGAUGAGAAAAUAGAAUUUGUAUUGAAUGAAAUGUGGAGAUAUAAUCAGGCUUUUUCUCUAAAUAGUGGUUCAAUAGAAGAUAGAAUGCCAAUAUGGUAUAUUAUGGAUGAAGUAGGAUCAGCAAUAAAUCACAAUGAUGAUCCUAACUUCAGAACAGUGCCUUUCUUAUAUUUACCAGAAGGUAUUACUUAUACAUUGUUAUUUCCCAUAAAAGAUGUUGAUUGCGAAGAUGAAGUCACAAGAGAUUUUGUAGAGGGUCAAACACAUGAUCCAAAAAAAAGGCAAGCUUUACUAUUACCAUGGGUAGAUGCUUCAUUUCUUGAAGAAUGUUUUCUACAGAGAGAGCCAGAUGAGAAUUAUUUCCUAGCGGGUCACAUUCGCGAGAGUUUACCAGAAAAUAUAGAUCCACAACUUCUUCAACGAGAUAAAAAUGUAAAACUAAAGGUCUAUUCACAAUAUACAUACAUAAAUGAUUAUCUAAACGAUCCUGCGUUCGAAAUUGCAAAUAACGAAGAAGAGGCUGAUAUUUUAUGGUAUACUUCGCAUUUCAAGGAUUACAAGGAACUCAGCAUUCGUUCGCCCCACGUUUUUGUUAAUCAGUUUCCAUUUGAAAAUGUUCUGACCAUAAAAGACUUAUUAUCGAUUGUAUGUAGAAGAAAAGCAGGCGAGAGAUCCUACGAUCCUGAAACUCUCGAGACUUAUCCAGAAUGGUUACCGACUACUUAUAAUUUAAGCACGGAACUGGUGCAGUUUGUUGCGUACUUUCAGAAUAGAGAAUCUAUGGGAUUCGAUAAUCAUUGGAUUUGCAAGCCUUGGAAUCUCACCAGAGGAUUGGACACCCAUGUCACGAAGAAUUUAUUUCAUAUUUUACGAUUACCCAGCACGGGGCCGAAGAUUGCACAGAAAUACAUAAACGAUCCCGUUUUGUACGAGAGGCCUGAAAUUGGGAAAGUUAAGUUCGACGUGCGGUACGUGGUAAUGCUGAAAUCCGUGAAACCUCUGAGGGCGUUCGCUUAUAAAAAUUUCUUCUUAAGAUUCGCGAACAAGGAAUUCGCUUUAAAUAAUUUCGACGUGUACGAACAACAUUUCACGGUGAUGAAUUAUUCAGAGGACAGGCCGUUUUGUCACGUAAAGUGCGCGGACUUUAUCUUGGAAUGGGAGAAACAGUAUCCAGACUUCUCCUGGAUAGAACAAGUCGAGCCAAAGAUCUUGCAUAUGCUCCGGCAAGUUUUCGUGGCUGCUGUCGUGGAAAACCCGCCGAAAGGUAUCGCGGAAUGUCCGCAAAGCAGGGCUGUAUACGCGGUUGAUUUGAUGCUCGAAUGGAAGGAAGGAACGAUGCAACCAGUUCUACUGGAAUUCAAUUUUUCACCCGACUGUAAAAGAGCAUGCGAGUAUUAUCCGUCUUUCUACAACGACAUCUUCAAAUGUCUGUUCCUAGACGACGAUAAUCCGAAUAUGUUUCACAAUCUCCGUUCGUAGAACAAUGAAAUUCUCCACGAAUUGAUAUACGAUGGCCUAAGUGCAGUAUGACUUGCACCAUAAAUAUCGAGAAGCUAUUAACGAUGGUUCCCAUGGUCAGCGUCCUGACCAAAUACAUUUAUUUAUUCAAAGCCAGUCGAGUCCCGCAUUUCGUAUGCGAUAAUGAGCUGAAGUAGCUCUAGUAAAUCUGCAUAUGCGAACGUUAAGGGGUACAUUUGCUCUGUAAAUAAUUUCCACCUACCAUAACUUGACGCUGCAACGGCAAGACUAUCGUGGUGCCUAAUGGAAUAAUAAACGAGAGAGCAAUUGGAACUGUUUCCACGAUAGCCUACUUACGCUUCUAACGUACACUUUCAUGCACAAUUGUGUUUAAUACAAAAAGAAGUACGAUACCAUUUACGAUAAUUGACCAUUCCUCUUUUUAUUACUUUAUAUACAUAUGUAUAUAUUCUCUAAGAGAAUUCGAUACGUAAUAAAGAUGCGAUGUAACGAA